AAUAUGAAAUAAUAACCUAUUUAUACGUCAAAAUUGUUGGUUCUCAUGCGGUCCCUUCACUGUAAAACAACAAUCUUGGUCCCAGAUAAAAACAAAAUCUUUUCCGUUUGAUGUAAAUUAACUUGUAUGGUUCCACCAGUUCGUACCGUGAAUCAGAACCACAAGAUCACUCCCCCUUCUGACCCUCUCCAGCCUUUCACUAUGUACAAAAUCAAAUCAAGUAGUCGGGCAGACAAAAGACGCGUCUUGCCAGCCUGGCAUAGUCCCUAGUUGGCCCCCACUCCUCGCCACAACCCAAAAAAAGCCGAAGUUCCCGAAAUACCCUAAACAAACCCCAAAAAACCAAAACAUUCUUUCAUUAUCUCUCCCUCUUUCUGCCAUCACUCUCUCAGAUCACUGUCCCUCAUUUCCACAACCACCAUGCCUCAAUCUAAACCUCUCAAUCUGUUUUUAAUUUUAACGGUGAUGGUCCAUCUCUGUUUCGCCGAGUUACCUUCUUUUCGAGAAGCGCCGGCAUUUCGAAACGGUAGAGAAUGUCCCAAAACGACAUGGUCAUCCCUCGACAAGAAAAUUCACAAUCCUUCCAUUAUCCACAUCGCCAUGACCUUAGACACCGCUUACCUCCGUGGCUCCAUCGCCGGAGUCUUCUCUGUUCUCUACCACGCUACUUGUCCUGAAAACAUCGUCUUCCAUUUCAUCUCCACGCACCGCCGCGGCGCUGAACUCACGCGCACCAUUACCUCCACCUUCCCUUACCUCAACUUCCACCUCUACCACUUCGAUACUAAUCUGGUAAAGGGAAAGAUCUCUUCCUCCAUCAGGCGCGCGUUGGAUCAACCGUUGAAUUAUGCGCGUAUGUACUUAGCUGAUCUGCUGCCAGCUGGCGUCCGGCGUAUCAUCUACUUUGACUCUGACCUCAUCGUCGUCGAUGACGUCAUCAAGCUAUGGAGCAUCAAUUUAGGAAGCCACGUGUUGGGAGCUCCAGAGUAUUGCCACGCCAACUUCACCAACUACUUCACCUCCAAAUUCUGGUCCAAUCCGUUAUUUACGGCGCCGUUUAAGGCAAGAUCGAGGAACCCUUGUUACUUCAACACUGGCGUUAUGGUAAUCGAUUUGUGGAAAUGGAGAGAAGGAAAAUACACAGAGAAAUUAGAAAACUGGAUGAGGAUUCAGAAACGGUACCGUAUUUACGAGCUUGGUUCUUUGCCGCCCUUUUUGUUAGUUUUCGCCGGUGACGUGGAAGGGAUGGAGCACCGCUGGAACCAACAUGGGCUCGGUGGGGACAACUUGGAAGGCUUAUGUCGUGCGCUACACCCCGGUCCGGUUAGCUUGUUGCAUUGGAGCGGCAAGGGAAAGCCUUGGCUUAGAAUCGACUCUAAAAAACCUUGUCCGCUGGAUUCCUUGUGGGCCCCUUACGAUCUGUUUCGUCAUCCGUCUUUGUUCUCCGAUAGCUGAUAAAGGCUGAAAGUCCAGCAUAGUUGAUGAAGUUUCGUAAAAAGAUGAGGACACGUGUAAAAAAGAGAGCACCUUGCAAAUUGCACGGCAUUGAAAAUAUGGAGUUACCGCGGUUAUAAGGCUUGCUAACCGCGAUGGUUUUCACUUUUUGAUGGUAAAUAAUUUUGUUUGUUCAUGUACAGAAGUGGGGAAGUUGUUGUUAUAAAGGUGUUUUCCACUAUUUUUCUUUUUCGAAAUUAUAUUUUUGAAUUAAUUAAUCCGUUUAAUGUUUUUCUAGAUUAAGACAAUAUGUAAAUAAGUAGAUGUGACCAAGUGGAGGGCUGUCGGCUGUAUUAUUUUUAAUUUUUUUUGUGUUACUAAAAUAUUCCGAUAGUGGAAAUUUUGGGCCACAGAUUUUGCUAACCUAAUCUUGUAGAAUAGUACUUACCAUAUAUAACAUUUUUAGUUUUCUUUUUAAUAAAAAAUUGUAGU